GGCGAGUUCUCGCCACGCCCCGCGAUGUCUCCCAACAAGAGGAAGAAGCCCCCUCGCCAGAAAAAGCAAACCUCUGAUUCCUCCGUGACGUCCCCAAUACUUCCAACAAAUUACCGAGAAAUUCACCAGACUGAGGUCGAGGCACUUCGCUCAAUAUAUGGCGAUGACUUUGAAGAAGUAGAAAACAGGCGGUCGGCCUGGCAGCAAUCCUCCGAUGUGACAUUCAAGCUCCAUUUACGAUCCUCCUCGAACCCAGAUGUAUUGCUCAUUCUAUUGGUCGAAUUGCCAGCUACAUAUCCCAAAACGAUACCCAAUCUUUCGGCGGGAAACCUCGAUGGUUUUCGCGAUGGAGCACGUUCCAAAAUACAAGACAUCCUUCGGAAUAAGCCGAAGUCUAUGCUCGGAAGUGAGAUGAUCUAUGAGCUGGCAGUGUCAAUCCAAGACGUGUUGGAAGAUGUUGCCCAAGCAUUGGCACAAGAUAAAGAUCUACCCAGUCUGGAAGAGGAGCGUAUGGAGCAAGAGGCGGCAGCCCAGCAACGUGCAGAUCUGGAAAAACAAGAGAUGCUACGCAAACAACAGGCUGCAGCUGUCGAGGAAGACCGCGCAUUGCAAGAAAUGCUCCAAGACAAGGCGCGACAGCGGAAUAAGGCUCGCAUCUUGAGACGAAAGAGUCGGACUGGUGGCGCGGAAUUGGGCAAUGUCGAUGAUCUUAUGGAAAAGACCCCAGGCGCCAUCUCCUUUGACCUUCCAUUGGUCAUCAGUGACACUGAUGAGCAACCAUUGGUCUUCCGCGCCGUCCAUGGAAAGACGCUUCUGCAACGCAAACAGUGCAAAAAGACAUUCACCGUCAGGCCUGUUGUUCCUGAGAACCGAUGCCAUGUCCCUUUGCUUGUUCUAAAGGAGAUUUGCCUCAGCGAGCAGAAUUCCGAAGGGCUGACAUUCCGAGAGCAGAUGCGUACCAGUGAGGACAAGUUAGAGGGCAUCAAGCGAUUGCGACACCCCAAUUUGGUUGAAUUCAUUGGGUUCAAAAUAAAUCGCCCACUUUCCUCAUCUGAUUCGUCCAGUAAUCCCUGGACCGUCUUUGUGCUUUCGGAGCAUGCGAACAAAGGUUCCCUUUCCGAACUUCUUGACAUAGUGGGCACUGUGUCCGUUGACAUGCUCCGUGGCUGGAUGAUCCAAUUGCUUGAGGCUUUGGAGUUCUACCACCGCAGUGGGUUUGUGCAUGGGAACAUUCACUGUGGCCAAGUAUAUCUGUUCCGGAAAUACUCUGGAGAAACUACCGUAAAACUGCAAUCUAGCGUCGAAGAGGCUUUGCCGGACGCUCCUUAUGGGAAGCCCUCUUUGGCGGCCUCAAAAUCACCGCUUUGGAUACCCCCAGAACUGACCCAGGACAGCCCACCCACCAUGAAGACCGAUGUCUGGGAUCUUGGAAUCGUACUGCUCCAGAUGGGAUUUGGAAAAGAUGUUCUUCUUCGGUACACCUCUGCCAAUCAAUUGAUGGUCUCCAUGGGACUCUCACCACCCCUUCAGGAUCUGUUGUGCGAAUUCUUUCGUCCAGAUCCCAGGAAGCGCCCAACUGCUUUCCAGCUCCAACCCUCGGAGUUUUUCCGCGUUGAUGCGCCGUUGAAGAUGCGCGAGAGGGCAUCGGAAUCCGUCUCCCUGCAAAGGCGGCCGCGGCUAGACUCCUUUGGAGCCAUGCCGGCGUUUUCGCGAUACCACCAAGAUUUCGAUGAGGCGGGUCAGCUUGGCCGUGGUGGUUUCGGGCAGGUAGUGAAGGCCCGGAACAAGCUCGAUGGUCGAUUGUAUGCAAUUAAGAAGAUCUCUCAAACAUCAGCUGCGGCAUUGAAAGACACGCUUUCCGAAACCAUGUUGCUAUCCCGAUUGAAUCAUUCGUAUGUUGUCCGGUAUUACACUGCCUGGAUAGAAGAGGACUUCAAUCAUAUCGAGGAAGAGGCAAUGUCUUCCACAGAAGGUGACCCGUUCGCCAGCCAAGAUCACCAUGGUUUCAGUACAGGAGGACUGGAUUUCAUCAGCUCGAGCGGAUAUCCAAAGAUCGAGUUUGCCGCAUCAGACAGCGACGACGACAAUGAAGGAACCUUGUCCGACCCUGCGCACUCAGGAAUGCCAGAAAGGAACAGAGUCUAUGACACUAGCACUAACUCAGAGGGUGUAGAGGACAAUGAGCUCAGCCGGGCAAGAUCCGGCUCUUAUUCCCGGCCCAUCCUAACGACACUAUACAUCCAGAUGGAGUACUGUGAGAAGCAUACCUUGCGCGAUGUCAUAAAAGCCGAUUUGUACGAUGAUAAUGAGCGUUCCUGGCGUCUUUUCCGGCAAAUCCUUGAUGGCUUGAGCCACAUUCAUAGCCAUGGAAUAAUACACCGUGACUUGAAGCCUGACAACAUUUUCAUCGAUGUUGCAAACAAUCCUCGCAUCGGUGACUUUGGUCUUGCUACAAGUGGCCAAUUCACCACAGCAGUCCGUUCGUCCGCUGCAGCCGAUUUUGAAGGGGACUUUACUCGCAGUUUGGGCACAACCUACUACGUGGCACCGGAGAUGAAGUCGGUUGUUUCAGGCCGCUACAACGAAAAGGUCGAUAUGUACUCGCUUGGUGUUAUCUUCUUUGAGAUGUGCCAUCCGCUACCAACCGGAAUGGAGCGAGAUCAAACUCUCCGACAAAUCCGGGAGAAGAAUCACGUCCUUCCAUCCACCUUCCAGCAAUCUGAUAAAAUACUCCAAGGCCAAAUCAUUGAGUCUCUGCUCAGCCAUAACCCGAGCGAACGUCCCACAGCCUCCGAUCUUCUGACUAGUGGAAAGAUCCCCCUUCAAGUCGAGGAAGAGACGUUCCGACGGGCUAUUGUGCAUCUGCUUUCGGAUCCGAAUUCACCGGAUUACAAGAAGAUUCUAUCAGCCAUCUUUUCUCAGUCGCCGAAGAAAUUCGAAGAUAUUGCUUGGGAUAUAGACUCGCAUGCUGUACCAGCAGCCAAUGAGUUACUCGUCCAGGGUCUAGUCAAAAAGAAACUGACAUCAAUUUUCCAAAGACAUGGUGCGGUCGAGUCAACGAGGCAAAUGCUGUUUCCUCGAUCCCAGCAUUACACCAACGGUGCAGUACGCGUCCUGGACGCUUCGGGCAAUCUUUUGCAGCUGCCAUAUGAUCUCACCCUUCCGAACGCUCGAGCAAUUCCAAGACAAGAUCACUCACUGGAGAAGACCUUUGCAUUCGGCACAGUUUACAGAGAAUCAACUCAUGGCGGUGAACCACGAACGCAUCGUGAAGUCGACUUUGAUAUAGUAUCUCACAACACCCUCGACCUAGCCUUGAAAGAGGCAGAGGUCAUCAAGGUUUUAGAUGAGAUCAUUGAGGAAUUCCCACCUUUGCGGUCUACUCCGAUGUGCUUCCUUGUCAACCAUUCCGAUUUGCUCCAGCUCAUCAUGGAAUUCUGUCGCAUCACGGCUACUCAAAUUCCAAAGGCGAAGGAGGUUAUCAGUAAGCUGAACGUUGGGAAAUACACAAUGCAGAAGAUUCGAAGUGAGCUCCGGGCUCCUGCAAUUGGUGUUGCUUCAACCUCAUUGGAUGACCUUGCUCGGUUUGACUUCAGAGAUUCUCUGAAAGAGACCCAGCGCAAGUUACAAAACAUCAUGGAAGGAACCGAAUACGCAGAGCGGCUUUCACCGAUCUUCGCUCGCUUGAACGUGCUUAUGACUUACCUGCAGACUUUCGGCGUGAAACGGAAGGUCUAUAUCAACCCACUCAGCAGUGUGCAUGACAAGUUCUACCGCGGUAGCAUUCUGUUCCAGUGUAUCUUUGACAGCAAAAGACGCGAUGUGUUUGCUGCAGGUGGUAGAUACGACCGCUUGAUCCAAGAGUUCUCACCCAACGUUUUGUCAAAUCGACCCCAAGCCCAUGCUGUUGGCUUCAACCUCGGCUCCGAUCGACUUCGCUCCUCCAUGAUUGACUACCUGAAAGCCAAGGCCCCAUCAAAAGAUUCCGAGACCAAUGCCGACUUGUACUGGGCUGCUCGUCGAUGUGACGUCCUAGUUGCAAGCUUUGACCCAACCGUCCUUCGCACGACAGGAGUCAAACUGAUCGAAGAGCUCUGGUCAAACGACAUAAGCGCAGAGCUCGCAGUCGAUGCCUCAUCCCUGGAAGAGCUCUUGACAAAAUACAAAGACUCCAACCAUCGUUGGAUCGUGAUCGCCAAGCAAGACAGCAAAGAGCGAGGCUUCAAAGUCCGGAAUCUGAUGCGCAAGGAAGAGUUCGAUAUCCGCCUUGCCGAGCUUGCACCAUGGCUCCGAUCCGAGGUGCAAGCACGUCACCAUCGCGAGGGAACCGCCGACCCCCGACAAUCCCGCCAAUUGGGCCAACAGGAGGCUCUGGCGUUCCAAGAACGGGCGAACGAUGUGCGCAUUCUCGUUCCGCAGCAUCGAAGCAAGAAGACGAACCGAAGGAAUAUUGUCGAAUCAGCUCUCCUGUCCGCUCGGGAAGUCGCUGAUAACGCCCGUAAUGGUCCCGUUGCCGCCAUUGAUACUCGCGACGAAGUCCUCGAAGCCAUUCGCAACACGCGUCUCUCUGAUGCAGAGAGCUGGCGCGGCGUUAUCCAGAAUGCACCGUUGACGGAGCGGAAGUAUCUUAGUCAAGUGCACGAGCUGCUUACUGACUUGGCCGGAGAGAUUCGCGCGAGCGAUAACACGGAAGGCUAUACGAACGCUUUCAUUUACAAUUACCGUACAGGCUCCUGCGUGUACUACGACCUGGGACCCUAG